AUGUGUGGAAUUAACCUCAUCACACUGAUCAUAGCUGUAGUACUGCUAUUCUUGAACAAGCUUCUCUCUAAACGAAAAUCUUUCGAUCUCAACUUAUCCUAUCAGCUCCGCGAAGGCGCCACAAUUAUUCGAAUUAUUCUCCCUCUGACAUCAUUUCAAACUAUUUUUUGCUCGGUGUUUUUCGGCUGCAUUCUCGUUUUCAUAUUAAUCGAAGACGUGGUAGACGAAGUCACAUUUCUGAUUCUCAACGCUGCCGUAUACAUUAUUCCCUACUAUACAGUUAUAUCACCGAUUUUGGUAUGGUUUACAAUACGAUGGUCGCAACAGUUGAAACAAUCCAGGCUGAAGAACAUAGUGAAUCAGACAUCUAUUGACUAUUUCAAUGUACAGAAGGAGAUGUGGCAUUGA